AUGGUUCAUGUCAAUACAGAACAUAUGGUUCAUACUAAUACAGAACAUAUGGUUCAUGUCAAUACAGAACAUAUUGCUCAUAUCAAUACAGAACAUAUGGUUCAUGUCAAUACAGAACAUAUGUGUUCCUCCUUCGUUUCUUCAUUUCUUUGUUUCUUUCUUUCUUUCUAUUUAUCUGUCUGCAUAUCUAUCGAUCUAUCUGUCUAUCUAUUUCUCUGUCUAUCUAUCUAUCUAUCUAUCUAUCUAUCUAUCUAUCUAUCUAUCUAUCUCUUUCUUUUUCUUGCAUUGAUUCCUUCUUUGUUUUUCUUUCUUUCUUGCUUUCAUUCCUUCUUCAUUUUUCUUUAUUUUUCUUCUUUCUUCCCUUCUUUAUCUCUUUUCAUUCUUUCUUUACUUCCUUCUUUUUUGCCCUUUCCAUCAUCUCUUUCCUUCCUUCAUCUCUUUGCUUUCUUCGUCUCUUUCCUUUCUUUGUCUCUUUCCUUCCUUCAUCUCUUUCCUUUCUUUGUCUCUUUCCUCCCUUCAUCUCUUUCCUUCCUUCAUCUCUUUCCUUUUUCUUUGCACGUUUUUCUUGCGUUCAUUCCUACUGUGUUUUUCUUUCUUACUUGCUUUCAUUCCUUCUUCAUUUUUCUUUAUUUUUCUUCUUUCUUUCCUUCUUUAUCUCUUUCCCUCCUUUCUUCUUUCUUUACUUCCUUCUAUUUCGUCGUUUCCUUUCUUCAUCUCUUUCCUUUCUUCAUCUUUUUCCUUCAUUCGUCUCUUUCGUUUUUUCUUCUUUUUCUUGCCUUCAUUCUUUCUUUCUUUUUCUUUCUUACUUUCAUCCCUUCUUCAUUUUUUAUUCUUUCUUUCUUUCUUUCUUUCUUUCUUUCUUUCUUUCUUAUGUCUUUCCCUUCUUUCUUUUCUUCAUCUCUUGCCUUCUUUCAUCUCUUCCUUUCUUCAUCUUUUCCUUCCUUCGUCUCUUUUCUUUUUUCUUUCCAUCUUUUUCUUACCUUCAUUCUUUCUUUUUUCUUUCUUGCUUAUAUUUCUUCUUCAUUUUUCUUUAUUUUUCUUCGUUCUUUCUUUAUCUCUUUCCCUUCUUUUUUCUUCACUUCUUUUUUCUUUCUUUCUUUCUUUCAUCUAUUUCCUUCCUCCACCUUUUAUUUCCUUCGUCUCUUUCCUUUUUUCUUCCUUCAUAACAUCUUUCUUUCUUUCUUAUUCCAUCCGUCUUAUUUUCUUUUUUCUCUUCUUUCCUUCUUUCUUUCUUUCGUUUUUUGCUUUCUUUCUUAUUCCUUCCGUCUUUCUUUCUUUUUCUUCUUUCUUUCUUUUUCAUUUUUUUUUCUUUCUUUCAUUCUUAUUCUCCCCGUCUUUCUUCUUCGUUCGCUCUUUCUUUCUUUCUUUUUCCUUUUCUCCACCCUUCUCUUUACAGAUGAUUAUAAAUUGAUCUUAUUGAUCGGCUGGCUUCAUAUAUCAUUUCUUUUUUUAAAACGUGUCUCACAAUUCGAAAAAAUCAGAACGCGUCCAUCUCUCUCUCUCUCUCUCUCUCUCUCUCUCUCUCUCUCUCUCUCUCUUUCUCUCUCUCUCUCUCUCUCGGCAUCUAUAAGCACCAUUGUACAAACACACACUUUCAUACAGACGUGGCAGUAG